AUGGAUAUACGAAAUCUACUGGUGUUUUUAGUCUUCAUUGUGGCAGUUGAAAAUCAAGGCAUUCUCUCUGCAAGAGAACUGAGUGAGAUGGUAAGAGCUCACGAUACAGAAAUCACGUUGCUGAAACGAAAGGUUGUAAAGCAACAGCAUUUAAUCGAGAGUUUGCAAAAACAAGUCGAAGCAGGGAGUGCAAAACAGAAAAUUCGACUUGUGAAUGGCAAAUCUUCAAGAGAAGGAAGAGUGGAAGUCUUUAAAGAUGGUGUCUGGGGUACAGUGUGUGACGAUGGUUGGGGUUUCAACGAUGCCAAUGUGGUCUGUAAACAGCUAUUCGGAUUAGAUGGAAUUCCGUACAGUAACGCAUACUUUGGACCUGGAACUGGUCUAGUACUUAUGGCUAAUGUGAGAUGCAAUGGUACAGAGAAUUCCCUACUGGAUUGCGGACAUACAGAUGAAUUAAAUCUUGGCUGCAGUCAUAGUGAGGAUGCAGGUGUUAUGUGUAUGAAAGCACCCCCUGUUCGACUUUCCAAACAAAAAGACUUUCAAGGAAGAGUAGAAGUUUAUAAAAACAACAGAUGGGGGACAAUAUGUGACAGGAACUGGGACUAUAAGGACGCUAGCGUCAUUUGUAGAUCUCUAGGUUAUAGCGAACAAGGACUAGUUGUUUCCAAAGCCGUAUUUGGACGAGGAACAGGCAGAAUUCAUUUAAAUGACGUUCAAUGUAGUGGAAAGGAAACUGGACUUUCUAACUGUACAUACUCAGAAACAAAUAGUUGCAGUCAUUCUGAAGAUGCUGCUGCUAUAUGUAUUCUACCAAGUCAAUCCAUCCGAUUGCGCAACGGAAAGUCUGCAAACGAAGGCUUUAUAGAGGUAUCGGUCAAUGGUGUUUGGGGAGGUGUGUGUGAUACAGACUGGGAUGAUCAAAAUGCUAAAGUUGCUUGUCGAUCUCUAGGAUACUCUGGAGGUGUGGCUAUCACUUCAUCCGUGUUUGGAAAGGGAAAUACGAAAAUAUGGUUGGACGGCAUUAAUUGUAAUGGACAUGAAAAUUCCUUGUUAGAGUGCACUCAAUUAGUAGUAGGAUCCAGCAACUGUAGUGAUAGUAGAAAUGCUGCAGUCGUCUGUUAUAACACAGGAAAGG